UCCGGGUCCGCCGGGUGAGAUGGAGGCGCUGGCGGCGGAGUUGGGCGCCGUGACGGCGGAGCGGGCGGCAGCUCCCGUGAGCGCAGUGGAGGAGAAAUGGAGGCUCCUACCCGCGUUCCUCAAGGUGAAAGGACUCGUGAAGCAGCAUAUAGACUCAUUCAACUAUUUUAUCAACGUGGAGAUAAAGAAAAUCAUGAAAGCCAAUGAAAAAGUGACAAGUGAUGCUGAUCCAAUGUGGUACUUGAAAUACCUCAACAUCUAUGUGGGUACUCCAGAUGUGGAAGAAAGUUUCAAUGUGACACGACCUGUAUCGCCUCACGAGUGCCGCCUGAGAGACAUGACUUACUCUGCCCCGAUUACAGUGGACAUUGAAUAUACCCGAGGUAGCCAGAGGAUCAUCCGUAAUGCAUUACCCAUUGGCAGAAUGCCUAUCAUGCUGCGUAGCUCCAAUUGUGUUCUUACUGGAAAAACUCCAGCAGAAUUUGCAAAACUCAAUGAAUGUCCUUUAGACCCAGGUGGCUAUUUCAUUGUUAAAGGUGUAGAGAAAGUCAUCCUCAUCCAAGAGCAGUUAUCCAAAAACAGAAUAAUUGUGGAAGCUGAUAGAAAAGGCACAGUGGGUGCUUCUGUUACCAGUUCCACUCAUGAGAAGAAGAGCAGAACAAACUUGGUUGUGAAACAAGGAAGAUUUUACCUGAGGCAUAACACUCUGUCAGAAGAUAUUCCUAUUGCUAUCAUCUUUAAGGCCAUGGGUGUUGAAAGUGACCAAGAGAUUGUACAGAUGAUUGGCACAGAGGAACACGUGAUGGCUGCAUUUGCUCCUAGUCUGGAAGAGUGCCAAAAAGCUCAAAUUUUUACACAGAUGCAGGCAUUGAAGUACAUUGGAAACAAAGUACGAAGGCAAAGGAUGUGGGGAGGCCCAAAGAAAACGAAGAUGGAAGAAGCACGAGAACUGCUAGCAUCAACUAUUCUGACCCACGUUCUUGUGAAGGAGUUCAAUUUCCGUGCCAAAUGCAUUUACACAGCAGUAAUGGUGCGCAGAGUAAUUCUGGCUCAAGGAGAAAAUAAAGUAGAUGACAGAGACUACUAUGGAAAUAAACGCUUGGAGUUGGCAGGGCAGCUUCUUUCUCUUCUGUUUGAAGAUUUGUUCAAAAAAUUUAACUCUGAGCUGAAAAAGAUUGCUGACCAGGUAAUCCCCAAGCAACGUGCAGCUCAGUUUGAUGUAGUGAAGCACAUGCGUCAGGACCAAAUCACCAAUGGCAUGGUCAAUGCCAUUUCCACAGGAAAUUGGUCUCUGAAGAGAUUCAAAAUGGACCGCCAAGGUGUGACUCAAGUAUUGUCCCGCUUGUCUUACAUAUCUGCUCUGGGAAUGAUGACUAGAAUCUCUUCUCAGUUUGAAAAGACAAGGAAAGUGAGUGGUCCUCGAUCAUUGCAGCCAUCUCAGUGGGGGAUGCUCUGCCCAUCGGACACUCCUGAAGGAGAGGCUUGUGGUUUGGUUAAAAACCUUGCUCUGAUGACUCACAUUACUACAGAUAUGGAAGAUGGCCCAAUCAUUAAACUAGCCAGUAAUCUUGGAGUCGAAGAUGUGAAUUUGCUCUGUGGUGAAGAACUUUCAUAUCCUAAUGUGUUCCUUGUUUUCCUGAAUGGUAACAUCCUUGGUGUCAUACGUGAUCAUCAAAAGCUAGUCAACACGUUUCGGAUAAUGCGACGAGCUGGUUAUAUCAAUGAAUUUGUUUCCAUCUCUACAAAUCUUUCUGACAGAUGUGUCUACAUUUCCUCUGAUGGAGGGAGAUUGUGCAGACCCUAUAUAAUUGUAAAGAAGCAAAAACCUGCAGUAACAAACAAGCAUAUGGAAGAACUGGCUCAGGGUUACAGGAAUUUUGAAGAUUUCUUGCAUGAAGGCCUUGUUGAAUAUUUGGAUGUGAAUGAAGAAAAUGACUGCAAUAUUGCACUGUAUGAACAUACAAUUAAUAAGGAUACAACACAUUUGGAGAUUGAGCCUUUCACACUGCUUGGUGUCUGUGCCGGUCUGAUUCCAUAUCCUCACCACAACCAGUCCCCACGAAACACUUACCAGUGUGCCAUGGGGAAACAAGCAAUGGGUACUAUUGGAUACAAUCAAAGAAACAGGAUAGAUACUCUUAUGUAUCUUCUUGCCUAUCCUCAAAAGCCAAUGGUAAAAACAAAAACAAUUGAACUGAUAGAUUUUGAGAAACUGCCUGCUGGACAGAAUGCCACAGUUGCUGUCAUGAGCUACAGUGGUUACGAUAUUGAAGAUGCUCUUGUCCUAAACAAAGCAUCUCUGGACAGAGGUUUUGGAAGGUGUCUCGUGUAUAAGAAUGCCAAGUGUACACUGAAGCGUUACACAAAUCAGACAUUUGACAAAGUGAUGGGCCCGAUGUUGGAUGCAGCUACUCGCAAACCAAUCUGGCGCCAUGAAAUCUUAGAUGCUGAUGGUAUCUGCUCUCCUGGUGAAAAAGUAGAAAAUAAACAAGUCCUUGUGAACAAAUCAAUGCCAACAGUGACCCAGACACCUCUGGAAGGAAGCAGUGUGCCACAGCAACCACAGUACAAAGACGUGCCAGUAACCUAUAAAGGUGCUACUGAUUCUUAUAUUGAAAAAGUAAUGAUUUCAUCAAAUGCAGAGGAUGCUUUCUUGAUCAAAAUGUUAUUGAGGCAAACGAGGCGCCCAGAAAUUGGAGAUAAAUUUAGCAGUCGUCACGGACAGAAGGGGGUGUGUGGACUGAUUGUUCCUCAGGAGGACAUGCCAUUUUGUGAUACAGGGAUUUGUCCAGAUAUCAUAAUGAACCCUCAUGGCUUCCCAUCGCGUAUGACGGUAGGAAAGUUAAUUGAACUCCUGGCUGGGAAGGCUGGGGUCCUAGAUGGCAGAUUUCACUACGGAACAGCUUUUGGAGGCAGUAAAGUGAAGGAUGUGUGUGAAGAUCUCAUUCGCCAUGGUUAUAACUACCUAGGGAAGGACUAUGUAACAUCUGGUAUCACUGGGGAGCCUCUGGAAGCGUACAUCUAUUUUGGCCCUGUGUAUUACCAGAAACUGAAGCACAUGGUGUUGGAUAAAAUGCAUGCAAGAGCUCGAGGACCCAGAGCAGUACUUACCAGGCAACCCACUGAAGGUCGAUCCCGUGAUGGUGGUUUACGUCUUGGAGAGAUGGAACGGGAUUGCCUGAUAGGUUAUGGAGCCAGCAUGCUGUUAUUGGAGAGACUGAUGAUUUCAAGUGAUGCCUUUGAAGUGGAUGUUUGUGGGCAGUGUGGCUUGCUGGGAUACUCUGGCUGGUGCCAUUACUGCAAAUCAUCUUGUCACGUGUCUUCUCUGCGGAUACCUUAUGCCUGUAAACUCUUAUUCCAAGAACUGCAGUCGAUGAACAUCAUACCUAGGCUAAAACUAGCUAAGUACAACGAAUGAACAAGAAAAAGAAGAGAAAAAGUACUUUGUAUAAAUUGAAAUCCAGCGUAUCUAACUGAAAGAUUUUUUUGGUGUACGGGAGUAACUCUACAACCUAAGUGGGCAGAAGGAGGUGCAGACCAGUUGUAGGAAAUCUUUUGUGUGUAUUCUACCUGUUUUAAAUUCACAGAAGACACUUCAUCAGUAACAUUCACUAGUAGUUCUGAAAGCAUUGAUGUGUCGUAGUGAACAAGGCACGAGGGAAUGGUGGAAUGAAGUCAUGAUCCAGCAAGGCACAUCCAUCCCUUUCAAGGAUGUAGCAACCCCAUACUCUGUUUUGAAAAAUGUUUUGCUGGACUAAGGCAUGAGCUGCCCUCAGGGCACAUCCUAUUCAGAGAGGUUAAAAACAUGUUUUACAGACUAGUGGAAUAUGAAAGGCUAAUAAAUGUUUUAAAUAAUUGUGCCCGAA